AUGAGCUUCUCAGUGCCGACUCCCGAGGAACAUGUCAUUCAGUCGCGCUGCUCAACUAAGCCCGAGAGAGUUUCCACACAUCAGAGAUCUCACACUGGGGAGAAGCCGUAUUCCUGUCCUGAGUGCGGGAAAUGUUUUUCACAGAAAUCCAGUCUUUCAACACAUCGGCGAUCUCACACGGGGGAAAAGCCAUAUUUCUGUCCUGAGUGCGGGAAAUGUUUCUCAUGGAAGUCCAAUCUUUCCACACAUCAGAGAUCUCACACGCAGCAGAAGCCGUAUUCCUGUCCUGAGUGCGGGAAAUGUUUUUCACAGAAGGUUAGUCUUUCCACACAUCAAAGAUCUCACACGGGGGAGAAGCCGCAUUCCUGUCCUGAGUGCGGGAAAUGUUUCUCAUGGAAGUCCAAUCUUUACACACAUCAGAGAUCUCACACGGGGGAGAAGCCGUAUUCCUGUCCUGAGUGUGGGAAAUGUUUUUCAGAUAAGUCCGGUCUUUACACACAUCAGAGAUCUCACACGGGGGAGAAGCCGUAUUGCUGUCCUGAGUGUGGGAAAUGUUUCUCACGGAAGUCCAAUCUUUCCAUACAUCAGAGAUCUCACGCAGGGGAGAAGCCUCAUUCCUGUCCUGAGUGUGGGAAAUGUUUCUCACGGAAGUCAAAUCUUUACACACAUCAGAGAUCUCAC